AAACCCUAAAAUCAUAAUUCCUGAUUGCCUUCUCCUCUAUCAUAUCCGCAGAGGCGCAGCCCAAACCCGAAAAUCGCACAGCGGGCACCGCCUCAAUCACUUAAUAGAACAUAGCUUCAUACUUUGUCAAUUUUCGGGUUUUCAGUGGAUUCUGAUCCUGCCUUUUCACUCUGUUUGCGUGGCUGCUGUGACCAAUGGUGAAGGCAUACCUCCGAUACGAGCCUGCAGUGACAUUUGGGGUGAUAGCAUCCAUUGAGUCAAAUAUCACCUAUGAAAGCUCCGGAAAACACCUUUUAGCGGCAGCACUGGAGAAGGUUGGUGUUUGGCACACGCGGCAAGGCAUCUGCACCAAAUCCUUAGCUCCUUCGCCUUCGUCCUCUUCGAAAGGGCCAUCCCUUGCCGUUACCUCCAUUGCAGCAUCACCUUCAACUUUUAUUGCGAGUGGUUAUGCCGAUGGGAGUAUAAGAAUAUGGGAUUGUGAUAAAGGAGCUUGUGAAACCAGCUUAAAUGGGCAUAAAGGAGCUGUAACUGCUCUUCGCUACAAUAAAAUUGGAUCUCUUCUUGCAUCAGGGAGCAAAGAUAAUGAUGUAAUCUUAUGGGAUGUAGUUGGUGAGGCUGGGUUAUUUAGACUUCGUGGACAUCGUGACCAGGUCACAGAUGUUCUUUUCUUGGAUUCUGGGAAAAAAUUGGUCAGUUCUUCUAAGGACAAGUUUUUGAGAGUAUGGGACCUUGACACUCAGCACUGCAUGCAGAUUAUUAGUGGCCAUCAUACUGAGAUUUGGUCUAUAGAUGUUGACCCUGAAGAAAAAUAUCUGGUUACUGGGUCUGCAGAUCCAGAGCUACGAUUUUAUACAAUUAAGCAUGAUGUUGCUGCUGAUAAUCCUGUAGCUGACACUUCUACGACUCAAAGCAAAUGGGAAUUCCUGCAGCCAUUUGGUGAAAUUCAACGACAGAGCAAGGACAGGGUUGCUACUGUAAGGUUCAACAAGCCAGGAAAUCUACUGGCUUGUCAACAUGCUGGAAAGACUGUAGAGAUAUUCCGCGUGCUGGAUGAAUCUGAAUCUAAGCGCAAAGCGAAAAGAAGAAUCAAUAGAAAGGAGAAAAAAAUAUUAAAAGGGGGGGUCGCACCAGAUGAAAAUGGAGAUGCAAAUGUUGGAAUUCAGGAAGAAGGCAAGAAUCCUGUUAUUACUGUCCUUGAUGUUUUUAAGCUUCUACAGACUCUGCGAGCUGGAAAGAAAAUAUGCUCAAUUUCUUUUUGCCCAGUUGCUUCUAAGGGGUCCCUGGCUACUUUGGCAUUGUCUUUGAACAAUAAUUCGUUAGAAUUUUAUGCAAUUGAAAGUGAAACAGCAACCAAAACUAGUAGUAUUGAGCUCCAAGGGCAUCGUUCUGAUGUGAGAAGUGUCACUCUUAGUUCUGAUAACACUCUUUUAAUGUCAACUAGUCAUAGUGAAAUUAAAAUAUGGAACCCUAGUACUGGUUCAUGCCUCCGUACUAUUGAAUCUGGAUAUGGAUUAUGUGGUCUAUUUCUUCCUGGCAACAAAUAUGCAGUUAUUGGUACAAAAGGUGGAACUUUAGAGAUUAUUGAUGUUAGGAGUGGUACUUGUAUUGAUGUGGUGGAAGCUCAUGGCGGUUCAGUUCAAUCUAUUGCUGCAACUUCAGAUGGAACUGGUUUUGUUACUGGUAGUGCCGACCAUGACAUUAAAUUCUGGGAGUUACAGACUACACAAAAGCCUGGUCAGGAGUCUAAGCAUAUUACUGCCUCUCCUGUGAGGAAUUUGAAAAUGAAUGAUGAUGUUCUUGUUGUUGUUGUGAGCCCUGAUGGUAAAUACAUUGCUGCUGCACUUUUGGAUAGCACAGUCAAGGUGUUCUUCAUGGAUUCUCUCAAAUUUUUUCUUUCAUUAUAUGGCCACAAGUUACCUGUGCUAUGUAUGGAUAUUUCUUCUGAUGGAGAUUUACUUGUUAGUGGCUCGGCUGACAAAAAUUUGAAGAUUUGGGGUUUGGAUUUUGGGGACUGUCAUAAAUCCAUGUUUGCUCAUGCUGAUAGUGUCAUGGGUGUGAAGUUUGUGCGCAAUACUCACUAUAUGUUUAGUGUGGGUAAAGAUCGUGUUGUGAAAUACUGGGAUGCUGACAAAUUUGAGUUGCUUUUAACACUUGAAAGUCACCAUGCUGAAAUAUGGUGUCUAGCCAUUAGCAAUCGUGGGGAUUUUUUUGUAACAGGUUCCCAUGACCGUUCCAUACGCCGCUGGGAUCGUACUGAAGAACCAUUUUUCAUUGAGGAAGAGAAAGAGAAAAGGUUGGAGGAGAUGUUUGAAUCUGACAUUGACAAUGCAUUAGAGAAUAGAUAUGCACCGAAGGACGAGCUUCCAGAGGAGGGUGCUGUGGCAUUGGCAGGAAAGAGGACUCAAGAAACUCUCACUGCAACAGACUCCAUUAUUGAAGCAUUAGACAUGGCAGAAGUAGAAGCAAAGCGCAUUGUUGAACAUGAGGAGGAGAAAUCAAAAGGCAAAAUUGUUGAUUUCCAGCCAAAUAUCCUUAUGCUUGGGCUAUCUCCAUCUUCUUAUGUUCUUCGUGCAGUUUCAAAUGUCCACACUAAUGAUUUGGAGCAAACCUUACUGGCACUGCCAUUCUCUGAUGCACUGAAGCUUUUGUCUUACUUGAAGGAUUGGGCCUCUAUACCUGAUAAGGUGGAGCUUGUAUGCAGGAUGACCACCGUGUUGUUACAACUGCAUCAUAACCAGCUUGUUUCGACUGUCUCUGCUAGACCGCUACUAACCCUUCUAAAAGAAGUAAUCCCUGCAAGAGUCAAGGAAUGCAAAGAUACACUUGGCUUCAAUCUGGCGGCGAUGGAUCAUCUCAAGCAAAUGAUGGCUUUAAAGUCAGAUGCACUCUUCCAGGAUGCAAAAACUAAACUAUUGGAAAUACGUUCUCGGAACACAAAACGCAUUGAAGCCAGGACAGAACUAAAGGACGAGAAAAGGAAAAAGAAGAAGCAGAAGAAGUCUGAUGGAGGACAUGUUUGGUCCUGAAUCCUGACAUGCAUUGAGAAACUAUGUCUGCAAUCGAGCACUCUUAACAAUUUUGACUAUUUGAGCUUUUAGUGGAUUGGAGGCACGAGCAUAGUUAUUAGUUUUGUUUGAAUGUUGUAAAUAGAGGGUUGAAAUGAAUGUGGAGAAUUAGCCUUCACUUUCACCAUCUGAGUUAUAUAUUGGAUUGGCAUUCUGGAAAAGAGAAGCUAUAUGAAUGCCUGUCCUAUUUUCUGAAGAAAAUGAGGUUGGUUUGUUGUCAAAACAUGAGCCUCUUAAAUCUUUCCUAUUUUAAAAUGUCCUUUUGAUUGAGAUUGAUAUAUAAAAUCCUUGUUUUUUUA